AUGCCAGCUUCCGAUGUCAGCGUCUCGGAGUUGCCUCCGCGCUACAACUUCAUCGAUGACUACAGUGAGGGAGCCCAUCCACUGCUUCUUGAGGCUUUACUACGGACCAAUGCGACGCAGCAACUAUCCUAUGGAACAGAUGAAUACAGCAAUGACGCCCGACGGCUAAUCAGAGAGAAGCUCAACGCCACAGACGAUGAAGUGGCCAUCCACUUCGUCCCUAGCGGGACAUCAGCCAACCUCAUCUCUAUCGCCAGCUGCCUGCGUCCAUACGAGGCCGUCAUGGCAGUCGAGUCUGGGCAUAUUGUCUCGAAAGAGGCUGGAGCCAUCGAGGCCACCGGACACAAAAUGAUCCUGGUCCCAGGUGUGAAUGGCAAAAUGACCCCCAGCAACUUGGAACGAGUCUUCCAGCAGAACCAAUUCUUUCCCCAUAUGGCUAAACCCCGCCUGGUCUAUAUCUCCAACGCAACCGAACUGGGAACCAUCUACACCAAAGCCGAGUUGACUGCUCUCUCAGUCGUGUGCAAACGACUUGGUCUUCUGAUCUUGGUUGAUGGUGCCCGGUUGGGUGUGGCGCUCAGCGCGCCCAGAAACGAUCUGACGCUGCGGGAUCUAGUCGAUCUCACGGAUAUCUUCUGGAUUGGCGGGACCAAGAUGGGAGCGCUGCUGGGUGAGGCGAUUGUGGUCAAACAGCAUUUAGCGGACGGGUUUGUCUUUCAUCUCAAGCAACAUGGUGCUCUGCUGGCCAAAUCUCGGCUUAUGGGGAUCCAAUUUGCGGAGCUGUUUCGGGGGAAUCUGUUCUUUGACCUAGCCGCACAUGCGAACACGAUGGCAGAGAAGAUCUCUACUAGUUUUGAGAAGCUGGGGUAUGCUCUCGCAGCAGAGACCGAGACAAAUCAGGUGUUUGCUGUCCUACCAGAGCGGUUGGUGCGGAGAUUGCAAGAUCGCUUCGGGUUCUACGUAUGGGAGAAACGAGAUGAUGGCAAUUCCAUCGUUCGCAUCGUGACCUCGUGGGCGACAGACGCUCUCCAGGUGGACAAAUUCAACAGCUGGGUGCAGCAGUGGACCGAACGAGAUGGAUGA